CCCGCGCGCCCCGCCGCCCGGCAUCCCGGCCGCGCCGCCGCGCAGCCCUCCCGCGGCCCCAUGUCGGCCGCGACCGCCUACAGCGAAGACAAGGGCGGCUCCGCCGGCCCCGCGGAGCCCGAGUACGGCCACGACCCGGCGAGCGGCGGCAUCUUCUCCUCCGACUACAAGAGGCAUGACGACCUGAAGGAGAUGCUGGAUGCCAACAAGGACUCCCUCAAGCUGGAGGCCAUGAAGAGGAUUGUGGCGAUGAUCGCCCGGGGAAAGAAUGCCUCGGACCUGUUUCCUGCUGUGGUGAAGAAUGUGGCCUGUAAGAACAUAGAGGUGAAGAAGCUCGUCUACGUGUACCUGGUGCGCUAUGCCGAGGAGCAGCAAGACCUGGCCCUGCUGUCUAUCUCCACCUUCCAGCGUGGCCUGAAGGACCCCAACCAACUGAUUCGGGCAAGCGCCCUGCGCGUCCUCUCCAGCAUCCGCGUGCCCAUCAUCGUGCCCAUCAUGAUGCUGGCCAUCAAGGAAGCGGCCUCGGACAUGUCGCCUUAUGUGCGGAAAACAGCUGCCCACGCCAUCCCUAAGCUCUACAGCUUGGAUUCGGACCAGAAGGAUCAGCUGAUAGAGGUCAUUGAGAAGCUUCUGGCCGACAAGACCACGCUGGUGGCGGGCAGCGUGGUGAUGGCCUUCGAGGAGGUGUGCCCGGAGCGCAUCGACCUGAUUCACAAGAACUACCGCAAGCUCUGUAACCUGCUCAUCGACGUGGAGGAGUGGGGCCAGGUGGUCAUCAUCAGCAUGCUCACGCGCUACGCGCGCACGCAGUUCCUCAGCCCCACCCAGAACGAGUCUCUGCUGGAGGAGAACCCCGAGAAGGCCUUCUACGGCUCGGAGGAGGACGAGGCCAAGGGCGCGGGGUCGGGGGAGGCGUCCUCCGCAGCGCUGCCGGCCCGAAAGCCCUACGUCAUGGACCCCGACCACCGGCUGCUGCUGCGCAACACCAAGCCCCUGCUGCAGAGCCGCAGCGCCGCGGUGGUCAUGGCGGUGGCGCAGCUCUACUUCCACCUGGCGCCCAAGGCCGAGGUGGGCGUCAUCGCCAAGGCGCUCGUGCGCCUGCUGCGGAGCCACAGUGAGGUGCAGUACGUCGUGCUCCAGAACGUGGCGACCAUGUCCAUCAAGCGCCGGGGUAUGUUUGAGCCCUACCUGAAGAGCUUCUACAUCAGGUCCACCGACCCCACCCAGAUCAAGAUUCUGAAGCUGGAAGUGCUGACCAACCUGGCCAGUGAGACCAACAUCCCUACUGUCCUACGGGAAUUCCAGACCUACAUUCGCAGCAUGGACAAGGACUUCGUGGCAGCCACGAUCCAGGCCAUUGGACGCUGUGCAACUAACAUAGGCCGAGUGCGUGACACCUGCCUCAACGGCCUGGUGCAGCUGCUGUCCAACCGUGAUGAGCUCGUGGUUGCAGAGUCAGUGGUGGUCAUUAAGAAGCUGCUACAGAUGCAGCCAGCACAGCACGGAGAGAUCAUCAAACACUUGGCAAAGCUCACAGACAACAUCCAGGUGCCCAUGGCCCGAGCCAGCAUCCUGUGGCUCAUUGGCGAGUACUGUGAGCAUGUCCCCAGGAUCGCACCUGACGUCCUCAGGAAGAUGGCCAAGUCCUUCACAGCAGAAGAGGACAUUGUCAAGCUACAGGUCAUCAACCUGGCGGCCAAGCUUUACUUGACCAACUCGAAGCAGACCAAGCUGCUCACCCAGUACGUGCUCAGUCUAGCCAAGUACGACCAGAACUACGACAUCCGUGACCGAGCUCGCUUCACCCGGCAGCUCAUUGUCCCCUCGGAGCAGGGCGGGGCCCUCAGCCGCCAUGCCAAGAAGCUCUUCCUGGCACCCAAACCAGCCCCGGUCUUGGAGUCGUCCUUCAAAGACCGGGACCACUUCCAGCUGGGCUCCCUUUCCCACCUGCUCAAUGCCAAGGCCACGGGCUACCAGGAGCUCCCAGACUGGCCAGAGGAAGCCCCGGACCCAUCUGUGCGAAACGUGGAGGUGCCUGAGUGGACCAAGUGCUCCAAUCGGGAGAAGAGGGAGGAGAAGGAGAAGCCCUUCUACUCGGACUCAGAGGGGGGGUCCGGCCCCACAGAGUCCGCAGACAGCGACCCGGAGUCCGAGAGUGAAUCGGGCAGCGAGAGCAGCAGCGAGAGCGGCUCUGGGGAGUCCAGCAGCGAGUCCGAUAACGAGGAGCAGGACGGGGAGAAAGGGAGGAGCAGCGAGAGCGGGCAGAGUGAGGGGGACGGCAGGAAGAGGAAGGUGAAGAAGAGGAAGAAGGGGCCCGGGGGGCCCGGGGGGCCGUCGUCCUCGGAGGCGGGCAGUGACUCGAGCAGCAGCUCCUCGGAGUCCGAGGUGUCAUCAGAGGCCGACGAGGAGCAGGAACCUGUCUCCUUGAGGCACAAGACCCCUCCCAGCAGCAGAAGCGCCCCGGCAGCCGAGGAGGUCUCCCUGCUUGACCUCGAGGACUUCACCCCUCCCACCGUCCAGCCCGUGUCCCCGCCCACGGUUGUGUCUGCCAGCCUGGCUGCUGACCUGGAGGGCCUGACCCUCACAGAGUCCCCGCUGGUGCCCUCGUUGCUGAGCCCAGUGUCUGGUGUUGGGAGGCAGGAGCUGCUGCACCGCGUAGCAGGCGAGGGGCUGGCGGUGGACUACACUUUCAGCCGCCAGCCCUUCUCUGGGGACCCCCACAUGGUGUCUGUGAACAUCCACUUCUCCAACAGCUCUGAUACUCCCAUUAAGGGCCUGCAUGUGGGCACCCCCAAACUGCCAGCUGGCAUCAGCAUCCAGGAAUUUCCUGCAAUAGAGUCCCUGGCACCCGGAGAAUCUGCCACUGCUAUAAUGGGCAUUAAUUUCUGUGACUCGACACAGGUGGCCAACUUCCAGCUGUGCACCCAAACCCGGCAGUUCUACGUCUCCAUUCAGCCACCUGUUGGGGAGCUGAUGGCCCCUGUGUUCAUGAGUGAGAAUGAGUUCAAGAAGGAGCAGGGAAAGCUGACCGGCAUGAGCGAGGUCACAGAGAGGCUCACGCUGCCGGACACCUGCCGGAGUGACCACACUGUGGUGCAGAAAGUGACUGCUACUGCCAACCUGGGCCGCGUCCCCUGCGGGGCCUCUGACGAGUACAGGUUUGCAGGGAGGACGCUGACCAGCGGGAGCCUGGUCCUCCUGACACUGGAUGCCCGGCCCACUGGCACUGCCCAGCUGACGGUCAAUAGUGAGAAGAUGGUGAUCGGCGCCAUGCUGGUGAAGGACGUGGCGCAGGCGCUUACCCAGUGACCCCCAAGCGCUGGGGUCUCCUUGAGUCCCACUUGUCCCUCCCUAGUGACAUCUAGGCAGCUAGGCACCCCUCUCUCAUAGCAGACCCGUCCGGGGUCCCUCUCCCUCUGGUCGCCCCCAGCUCCCCGUGCUCCUCCCAUGGGCUCUGUGCCGACCUGCACAAGGGGGGGCAGCUGCUCCCCAGUCCUCCUGCUUCCUGUAGCUCUUUGUGUGGCAAAAUCUCAAUAAAAUGUCUUCC